CGGCGACUUCCCUCCAACUUGAACUUGUAUCAUUAGACCCUCUGCUCUUCAACCGCUCUUUAGGGAUGCAUAAAACGCUGUAGCGCUGUAACCAUGCUUUCAGUCUCGCCGAACGACUAUGGCAGUGAUUCGGGCCAGGAUUCAGCCAUCCCCCGCUUUCCCCACACCAGAGCGCAACUGUCGGCUAUAGCACGCCUCUACAAGCCUGCGAACAACUAUGACAGCGACGCUGAAGGCGACGAGUUCUCUCGCGUUAGCUCUGACGUUGUUGGGAAAGUCGUCAGUCUCCUUGACGAGGAGGACGAGGAUGAACUCAAGUCCCUCCUCAAGGACACGUAUGGGGUAGACGAGGAGGAACAGCUCGAACAACAUGUCCUAGACCUUAUGCAUAAGCAUAGGGACGACGUCGCCGGUAUACCAUUCCUCGCCCUUACACCGACGCGCCGUCCCAUCUCUCGGCCCUCCUCUCGGGCGUCCACUCAUUCGGCACGUCUUCCCCGCCCCGACACUCCUACGUCUGCGCCAAGCUCCCCUCUUGCAAUGGUGUUCCGUAGGCCUCAUACACCAGCGACCUCACCGUUAGCUACGCGCGAGGCUCAGUCAUACAUGACGGCGAAGCCAGAAUCGCGCUCGUCUUCCCCGGCUCUGUGGGGCUCUCUGCCCCAUACUCUCGCUGCAAGUAUGCCCUCGUCCCCCGUUUCUUCACCUCGCAUCUUGAAUGCGAAGGCCUCGGAGUUCAAGCCCAUCCCGCGCCCUCUGUCUGCCGCGUCAUCUCACCCUAGUCUGCAGAAUUUGCGAGCAGAGACGCCAUCCCCAGAUCUGUGGGCCCAUACUCCGAACAGACCAUCCUCCAAACUUGCCAUAGCUGCACCGCUUUUGCCAGAUUCCGGAAGUCGGUCACUGACCCCGAGCUCAUCAUUGCGGUCUUCCCUGCGCCCUGGUGAAGAUGACGACGAGGACGACCCGUUCGAUCCAUUUUCUGCGAAGACCCUCCCCCGUGCAUUCCAUCCUGUGAUUGCAGCUGACUUGGAGAAUCCUGCGCCCUGGGCUCAGUCGCCAAACUCUGCUUCCUCCCUGUCGACCGACGAUCAACCUCCCCAUAUGGGAGUCGAAGGAGGCGAGGAAAGUAAAGAAUCAGAGGAUGCCGCAGCUGCUUUGCUCACAGACGGAAUGACACCGUUCGACGUCCUGAGUUCUGUAUUCGGGGCAACGCUCGCUCCUUCCGAAUUAGAGGACGCUUUGGCUCAUAAUGGAUACGACUUUGAGCGCGCCAUGAGCUGGCUCGUUGACCGUGCACUUCCGUCCCCACCUGCCGACUCUCAAGUUCGAGUGCAGAACAUGGGAGCUAGGGUAAUGGUUGUUUCCAGAGAUGGGGGGCAGAAUGGGACGGUACGCGGCGGUCGUGCUGGCUACGGUAAUUUCCCCGCCGCAAGAGGUCGUGCAGGAUUCAACGGACGCCCCGGGACUGGUGGCGCUCGAGUCUGCAGAUAUUUCCUUGCUGGCGAAUGUCUCAGGGCGGAUUGUCGUUUCAGUCACGACCUUGAACGGGCGUUAUGUCGGUUCUGGCUGCGUGGAACUUGCGCCAAAGGCGAAAACUGCGAAUUCCUGCAUCAUUUGCCAGAGAAUGUGGAUGUAUCCAGUAUAACUGCUGCCAUGUCCCGCACCGGAUUGCAGGAGUCCCCAUCUCUUGACUACACCUCAACUCCUCCGCUGGACGAUUUCCCAGCCCUCGGCAUGGAUAACUUCAAGAACAGGAGGGGUGUCUACGCGGCUUACAACGAUCCUAGCCGGGCGAGAUUCGCCUCUGCCGUGAAACGCGCUGCCGCAACGGUUCCGACCAACGCAGCGCAACCUCAGUCCCAAAACAGCGCCAGUCUUGCGGCACGCAGAGCUGCUAUGGGCAAUGCUGCUGAACCUCUCCACCACAGCACGGCAAUUGUGGCCCCGAAGCCUUCACCCCGCAUCAAGCUACGCCCUCCGAGUUUGCUUCCGACGCUGCCAACCGGAGAGGCCGUCAACUCGCUGUACAUGAACUACCGAUCUCGGGCUUUGCAGUUGGGCGCUGCGAGGAAUGCUUGCCUCUCUCGCGCCGCAGAUGCCUGGCGGAGGGGUGACGGUGCUGCCGCGAAGCGGUUCAGCAGGGAAGGGCACGAGCUAAACGCGAAGAUGAAGGCGGAAAUGACCGAUGCGGCGAGCAAACUCGUCAAAGAACGCGCGAAGCUCGCCCAAGAGGCUGUCAAGUCGAGGGAUGCGAGCUGGUCAGAUGAGCCCGGAGAUCGUACUGCUCGCGGGCGCCUCAUCGGGGCCGGACUUGGUGUCUGCCUGGGCAUUGCUAGCAAGAGUGUCGCUGACGGAAACAAGUUGACUGCGGAAGAAAGGACGGAGAGUAUGCUGGAUCUGCAUGGUCUGCAUUCUAACGAGGCGACCGAAGUCCUGGAGGAGUUCUUAUUGGCUCUUGAGCGUGAACACUUCUAUGGCUUGGCCUAUGUCGUCGUCGGAGAAGAGAAACACACUGGAACGCAGGACCCUGCUCGCGGUGCAUCGCGGACCCGUCUCGCUGCCGGCGUGCGUGAAUGGCUUCAUCGCUGGGGGUACCCCUGGAGCGAACGUGAUGGAGUGAUUUGCGUUGAUCCCUUGACGCACGCGGCCGGUUAGAGACUGAUAAACGGAUAUGAUACAUUGAUACAAAAAGACUAGGUUGGAGCUGGAUCGGACAUUAGAGAUCGAGGUAUGUUUGACUAGGCAGAAUCUUAAGCGCUUUCGAGAUUGUAUACUGUACCAUUGUUUUAUUUACAUCCACAAGAAUGUAUAUGUAUAUGUUGCACCACUUUCCC